AUGAACACACUAAGGGACUAUAAAUAUAUUGUUGCAGUUGACAUUAACGCCAAAUCCCCUGUCUGGUUCCACGAGAACGAAGACAAUAGAGACAGGCUCCUCGUGGACCUAAUGCACGAACAUGACUGUAUCUCUCUUAACACAUCUGGCAUACCAACUUUCUUCACGACAAGGGCCAGGGGCUGGACAGACAUAUGCCUCACACCUACAACUGUUGGCAGCAUCAUUGAGAACUGUGAAACACUAUCGACAACCUCAGCUAGUGAUCAUAGAUAUGUUCUCACCACUGUCAGUAAAGCGCAACAUCACAAUACUACCAGUGACAAAAGUAACAAAUUCAGCAAGAGGAUCACUAACUGGGAUAGUUAUAGACUCCACUUUGCAGAGAACUGGCGCACUUAUCAUUACAAAGAUAUGAGAAAUAAAGAGGACAUUGACAAAUACGCUGACUACAUCACGGUCUCAAUGGCAAAGGCCUUACAACUUUCCACCUCUAACAGAGCGAGGAACCAGUAUCACACUCACUGGUGGACUGAUGAAUUAGAAGGGGACAAGCAUAAAAUUAGGAAGAGGAUUAAUUAA